AUGGCAACAAUCAAAAUCCUAGAUGGAGGCCUUGGAACCUCCCUAGGAGACCAAUACAACAUAAAAUUCGACAGUGCAACAACCCCCCUCUGGGCCAGCCAUCUACUAGUCAGCGACCCAGACACACUGGAAGCGUGCCAACGAGACUUUGGCAACGCAGGAGUAGACAUCCUGCUAACAGCAACCUACCAAGUCUCGACCAAGGGAUUUGCACUCACCAAAACACCCACGCAUCCAGACGGCAUCCCGGCCAGCGCAGUGGGGCCCUACCUAACGCGCUCGGUGGAUAUCGCCGAAGCAGCCAAGGUGCGGGAUGCUGCGGCCGUUGCGCUGAGUCUGGGGCCGUAUGGCGCUUGUAUGAUUCCCGGCCAGGAGUAUAGUGGGGCCUAUGACGCUGAGCAUGACAGCGAGGAGGCGUUGUAUGCUUGGCAUUUGGAGAGAUUGAGGAUGUUUGUUGAGGCUGAUGGGGGCAGCUUGGUGGAACGCUUGCAGUAUGUUGCUUUUGAGACGCUGCCGCGGCUGGAUGAGAUUCGGGCUGUGAGGAGGGCGAUUCGCGAUUCGGGCCUUGCCGCGCCUUAUUGGGUUGCUUGUGUUUUCCCUGGGGAUGAGGGGGUUUUGCCGGAUGGCAGUGAUAUUGAUGCUGUUGUGCGGGCGGCUCUUGGCCCUGUGGAGGGCGGAAGUGUGCCUUGGGGCAUUGGAAUGAAUUGUACUAAGAUUCAUAAGCUUCCUGGGCUUGUGGAGAAAUUUGGGGUUGCUGUUGAUGCGGCUGUCAAGGAUGCGGUUGUUGAUGCUGCUCCUUAUUUGGUUUUGUAUCCUGAUGGGACCAAUGGGGAGGUUUAUAAUACCACUACGCAGGUUUGGGAGAAGCCUGAUGGAAUGGGUGAUAAUGUGAGAGAUUCUGAGCCUUGGGAGAAACAACUGGCUAAGGUGGUCAAUGAUGCUUAUGACCAGGGCCAUUUCAAGGACUUCCUUGUCGGUGGAUGCUGCAAAGCUUCUCACCAGGAUAUCAGAAAGCUCAAAGAGCAAUUUAAAAUCAAGUAA